AUGGAUCCGCAUUUUAAUCUUCCGUGGGAUGUAGAGGAAGAAAUACUCUCUCGUCUUCCAAUUCCAUCUCUUGCUCGGUUCAGAACCGCAUUGCAUGCCCUGCUUGAUGGCUAUGACUUGGCGGCCCACAUCGAUGAGACAGCCGCAAAACCAGAUCCGACACUUACUGUCGAUGGGUCUACUACUCCGAAUCCUGCGUUCACUCUCUGGACUCGUCAGGACAAACUCAUCUAUAGUGCCUUACUUGGUGCUAUCUCUCUGUCUGUCCAACCUCUACUCUCUCGUUCAUCUACAGCCGCAGAGGUUUGGGCUACUCUUGCUGCCACCUACGCCAAACCUAGCCGAGGACACAUCAAACAACUUCAACAACAACUCAAGCAUUGGUCUAAAGGGUCAAAAUCAAUCAAUGACUAUUUUCAGGGUCUUACCACCAGAUUUGAUCAGCUUGCCCUGCUCGGUAAGUUGAUUGAUCAUGAAGAUCAGGUUGAUUUUGUCCUCCAAGGGCUUCCCGACGAAUACAAACCCAUCAUCGACCAAACGGAGGGUCGUGAUUCUCCACCAACUCUUACCGAACUUCAUGAGAAACUCAUCAAUCAUGAAGUUAAGCUGCAGACUAUGAGCACCGUCUCUUCUCUCCCGAUCUCUGCCAACUAUGCAUCUAACCGGUCCUCCUCCUCCACCAAGAACAAUCAGCGUUCUUCUCAGCCAUGGACCAACAACAACAACAAACCAAACGACCGUACCCCUCGUCCUUACCUUGGCCGUUGUCAACUUUGUGGUGCCACUGGCCACUCUGCUCGACGCUGCCAUCUACUCAACUCUGGAUCACAGAAUUCUCGUGGCCCAUUGCUCCCCACUCCAACGUAUCCACCAACCUCUUGGCAGCCACGUGCUCAUUUCACUACCUCCGCUAACGCCAAUCCAUGGGUCUUUGACACCGGAGCUACACACCAUAUCACUUCCGACCUAGCUAAUCUCUCACUCCAUCAACCUUACAACGGUGGAGAAGAGGUUCUCGUUGGAAAUGGAAACAGUCUUCCCAUCUCCCACACCGGUUUUGCUUCUAUACCUUUACUUGCUAAAACCUUAUCCCUCAAUAAUGUUCUCUGCGUACCACAAAUUACAAAGAAUCUUAUCUCUGUCUAUCGGUUGUGCAAUGCUAACAAAGUUUCGGUUGAAUUCUUUCCUGCUCACUUUCAGGUGAAGGAUCUCAACUCGGGGGUUCCGUUACUCCAAGGACGUACGAAGGAUGAACUAUACGAGUGGCCAAUUCCUAAACCAGUUGCUACUGCUCUCUUUGCUACUCCAACUAUCAAAGCUUCACUUUCGGAUUGGCAUUCUCGCCUAGGCCAUCCCUCUCAUUCUAUUCUUAAAACUAUUAUUUCUAGCUUUUCUUUACCUUUUUCUGAGUCUUUUUCUAAAACUUUGUCUUGUGUUGAUUGUCUUACUAAUAAAAGUCACAAACUUGCUUUUUCACAAACCUCUAUCUCCUCGUCUAAGCCUCUUGAAUAUCUCUUUUCAGAUCUUUGGACUUCACCCGUAGUUUCUGUUGAUAACUACAAACAUUAUCUAAUCAUUGUGGAUCACUACACUCGCUACUCUUGGUUCUAUCCUCUCAAACUUAAAUCUGAUGUGAAAGAAAUUUUCAUCCGCUUCAAAGCUCUUGUUGAAAACAAAUUCAAAACCAAAAUUGUCACUCUGUUUUCAGACAAUGGAGGUGAGUUCAUUGCAUUACGUACCUUUCUCUCAACCUCUGGUAUCACUCAUCUCACUUCACCUCCCCAUACACCUGAACACAAUGGCCUUGUUGAGCGACGUCAUCGACACAUUGUCGAGACUGGAUUAUCUCUUCUCCAUCAUGCUCAGAUUCCCAACACCUUCUGGUCUUAUGCUUUCUCCACUGCAGUUUACCUGAUCAAUCGUAUGCCUACUCCUACACUCUCUCUUCAAUCUCCUUUCUCUAUGAUCUUUGGCUUCGAUCCAAAUUACUCCAAACUCAAAAUUUUUGGUUGUCUGUGUUUUCCGUGGCUUCGUCCAUACCGUUCUCAUAAACUCGAACCAAGAUCCACCUCCUGUGUUUUCUUGGGUUACUCCUUAACCCAAAGUGCUUACCUUUGCUUUGACCCUCUCACAAAUCGUUUGUUUGUUUCUCGUCAUGUCAGGUUCGAUGAGCAGACUUUCCCUUAUCAACGUCUUCUCCAAUCGAACUCUGAAACCCCUUCCUCCAAUUGGACUUCGCCUCUCUCCUUUGUUCCAAUUUCUAAUCGGCCACUCGUAUCAGUUCCGCCGUCGUCGUCACCUCCUGGUUCCGAUCCUUCACCGACCCCGACAUUGCCUUCUGAUCAGACUCCGACAUCACCAGUUGCAUCAACGCCGACAUCUCCCGUGCCCAACGGAGAUCUAUCUCCUGCCUCCUCUCACCCGUUGAAUGCACCGUCAAAUCAGAGUCACAACUCCGUCGCGACAUCACCGUCCGUCACCCACACCUCUGAUGACUCACCAUCUUCUAUGGCCCAUACUCAAUCAAAUUCACAACUCUCGGCCCAUUCCUCUCCAACAACCACCACUCAAAGCCCAUCUACAACACCAAGGCCCACUAAUACACCUAGCCCAUCACCAUCCUCAUCUUCGACCUCUUCUCUUCCCUCACCGUCUCCACCACCAGCUCCACCAUCACCUUCUCCACCACCGGCUCCGGUCAUUAUGCCACCGGAAAACAACCACAACAUGGCAACUCGGGCUAAAUCUGGCAUAUCCAAACCCAACAAAAAAUAUGCCCUCCUUACACCUAGAUCCGAUGCCAUUCCCCCAAUUCCGACCUCUGUUGCUCAAGCUCUCGCUGAUCCCCGAUGGAGCAAUGCUAUGUCUGAAGAGUACACUUCCGUCCUCCGCCAUGGCACCUACACUUUGGUUCCUAAGGAGCCCCAUCACAAUAUUGUCUCUUGUCGAUGGAUUUAUACUCACAAAUUUAAUCCUAAUGGCUCUCUUCGCAGGCUCAAAGCUCGCUAUGUCGCCAAAGGCUAUAACCAAAGGAGAGGUGUUGAUUUCACUGAAACCUUUAGUCCGGUCAUCAAGUCGACGUCUCUGCGUGUUGUUUUGGAUGUCGCGGUCAGUCGUGAUUGGCCAAUCAAACAAUUGGAUGUGAACAAUGCUUUCCUCCAAGGCUCACUCGAGGAGGAAGUCUAUGUUGCUCAACCCCCUGGUUUCAUUGAUCCAGACCGUCCACACCAUGUUUGCCGGUUACACAAAGCUCUCUAUGGCCUCAAACAAGCUCCCCGAGCCUGGUAUCGUGAGUUAAGCACCUUCCUCACUGUCUCUGGUUUCACGAACUCCCUGGCUGAUCCCUCUCUUUUCAUUCUCAAUCGUGAUUCCUCGCUUCUCUACAUCUUGGUUUAUGUUGAUGACAUAGUCAUCACUGGAAACAACCCUCGUCUCCUUCAACACACACUUGAUGCUCUUGCCACUCGAUUUUCGAUCAAGGACCCUGAAGACUUAAAUUACUUUCUCGGCAUUGAAGCUUUCCGCACAUCCUUUGGUCUGCACCUUACUCAGCGCCGUUACAUCCUUGAUCUUCUUCAACGGUGUAAAAUGUCUGACGCAAAACCGGUUCAAACACCAAUGGCUGCCUAUCCGAAGCUCACUCUUCGAUCCGGGUCUCCACUUCCUGAUCCAACUGAAUACCGUUCUGUUGUUGGUAGCUUACAGUAUCUAGCUUUCACCAGGCCUGACAUCUCGUAUGCGGUUAAUCGGCUUUCUCAGUUCAUGCAUGCUCCGACUACAGAGCAUUGGCAGGCCACAAAGCGUCUCCUUCGAUAUCUAGCAGGUACGAGCUCACAUGGAACCUUUUAUAGCAGAAGCAAUCCGACAUCCUUACACGCUUAUUCUGAUGCUGAUUGGGGUGGUGACAUUGACGAUUAUGUCUCCACCAACGCAUACAUUGUCUACCUCGGCAAACAUCCUAUAUCUUGGUCAUCUAAAAAGCAGAGAGGUGUUGCUCGAUCAUCUACAGAAGCAGAGUACCGCUCUGUUGCCAAUACCUCCGCUGAGCUUCGUUGGAUUUGCUCGCUUCUCACUGAACUCGGCAUCUCAAUCCCUUCCACACCGGUCAUCUACUGCGAUAACGUCGGCGUCACUUAUCUCUGCGCUAAUCCGAUUUUUCACUCCAGAAUGAAGCACUUAGCUCUUGAUUACCACUUCAUCCGAAACCAGAUCACUUCAGGUGUUCUUCGUGUUGCUCAUGUCUCAUCCAAAGACCAACUAGCCGACGCUUUAACUAAACCGCUCACCAGGGCCCCUUUUAAAUCAUCCACUUCCAAGAUUGGUGUCUCUCACGGGCUAUGGAAUCCGUGCUUGAGACAGUUUAAAUGGAUCAAGUACGAGGCCCAACAGUUUGAGGUUUUCGGCUUAGGAUACGAUAAUACUAAACCCGAAAAGGUUUACAAGAUCUUAGGGUUUAUUACCCGCAAGGGAGCUGCUGUCUACGAGUGUUCCUCUCGGGAGUUUGAGUUUAUUGAUACACCUUGCGAUAGGGUAUUAUCUGAAACAGCCAAACGGUUACAUGUGUCCUUGAAUGGAAAUUUGUAUUGGGUUGCUUACAAUGGCGAGACUCGUGAGUAUUUCAUCCAAAGCUUUGAUUUCUCGAGGGAUCGUUUCGAAACAUGUUGUCUCCUUCCGGGUCAGGAGAUGGAGAACAGUUUUUGUGAUGAACUAGUCCUCGCGGUUUUUGUAGGAGAUCGGUUCUCGCUAUUGAAGCAAUGCUUUGUGACAAGGGAGAUCGAGAUUUGGGUGACGAAGAAGAAGAUUAAUAGAGACGAUGAAGUGGUUUGGGUAAGUUUGAUGACUUUGACAGCAAGUAACUUGCCAAGGUUAUUUAGUAAGCUUUAUGGCAUCAGUUACUUCAUCCAUGGCAAGACCCUGAUCAUGUGUUGUGGCGACGAUGAAACUAGAGAGCCUUGCAUCUAUGUUGCGAGGGGAGAUUUGUGCAUCAAGAUUCCGAUAGAUUCUGAUAUUGGUUGGUUUUCUCACUGUGUCUAUGUUCCAAGUCUGAUCUCGGUUCCUUUAGAGUUUCAUGAGAUUGAGUGA